AUGGAGGAGGCGGCGGUGGCUGCCAGCACCGAGGCGGCCUUCUGCCUGCACACUGUUUCAAACUUAACCAAAUCUCCAGAAGUUACUAUAACGGAUGACUCUGAAGACGAUUGUCAGUAUGAAGAGGUACCAGCGGAUGAUGAAUUCAGUAUUCAGGAGGGUGAUGAGGAUCUGCCAAGGGCCCUGCGGACUAUUCAAGAGCAGGCUGAAGAUGCCCAAAUUUUAGCAACACAAUCAGUUCUGUCAUGUGAGAAAUCUGUGUCUGAAGUACCUGGAGCAGUGGAUGACUUCCUUUGCAACUUCCUGGUCAGACUGGGAAUGUCCAGGACCCUGGAUUGCUUCCAGAGUGAAUGGUAUGAACUGAUUCAGCGAGGUGUGCUCACAGCCAAAGAUACUGGACUGGUUCCGAGUGUAUAUACCCGCAAUCAGCAACUGGAGACUGAGAACACACAUUUAAAGAAGGAUUUGGAAAACUAUAAGCUUGCUGCUAACAAAGCCAAAGAAGCUCUCCUAAAAAUGCAGAAAGAACGGGAUUUUCAUCGAAUGCAUCAUAAGCGAGUGGUUCAAGAGAAAAACAAACUUAUUUGUGACAUAAAAAGGCUGAAGGCGCAUUAUGCAUCAUAUGAACCAGUGCUGAAGCAGCUGACUGAAAAAUAUCAAACUACCCUGAGACAGAAAAUGUUGACUAGUUUGGAGAGAGACAGAGCAGUUGGGCAGAUUACAGGUUUACAAGCUGCGCUACAAAAUUUAGAGUCUGGACAUACCAUUCAGAAUCCUGUGACAAAAGCAGGCCAGGAACUUGAAACGAAGAAAGGCCUGGAAGGUCCCACCCAGAAAGCUCUUCAGGAAGCCAGGCAACGCAGAACUCUUGAUACCAAAAGCUCCUCCUAUGAUCCAGUCAAAGAUUCAGUGAGAAAGGGCAAGAGAUACUAAUGAAGGGCAGGAGAUGUCUGAAGGUGGAAGUUUACAAGCAUUUCUUCUAAAUCAGAAAUGAGGAACAAGGCCUGCCGGCAGAGAGACUUUAUGUCCAGAUUCAAGAGGCAUUUUCCAGAAGUGCUAUUUUGUUCAAACUCUUCUCAUCCUUGUGCUCUGGUUUUCCCUUUGAAAGUACUUUGAAAUAUAUGAUGGCUGAAGCAUUUAAAAUGAGAAGGAUGGCUGUGCAAGUGUGGUUUGUUUUUUUCUACAUAACUACAGUAAUGUUCUACCUAGUUUUCCACAUUACCAUAUAAGUACUUGAGAAUACCUAGAAGCUAGAAAAGAAUAGUAGAGUGAACGAUUAGUAAGAAUGUGAUGGAGCUAACUAUGAACUGUAAAUAGGGAAUGAGGCAGAAAUAGACAUUGUAGAUGAGAAAAAUCAAGGAGCUGGAAAACUAUUGUUCUUCAACAUUUCAGAGGACAGUAGUACACCAAGAAAGCUGUAAUUAGAAUUGUAUGUGAAGAAUGUGAGGUCAUUUUUAUGUUCUAAAAUCUACAGCAAAUGAAAUAAGGCUUUUGAUAAAAGUAGAAUACUGGCAAAGGCAAUUUAAUAUGCCAAUUGGGUUUAACCUGGAGAGUGAUAAAGGUGGCUUGGAAUACUUUUAUUUAGUAAUUUCAACUUAGUGAUUUUGAAACUCUUUUGCGUUUUCCUUUACUAUUAAUGCUGAUUUUGAGUUUUGGCUGUGAAGAUGAUGUUUCUAGUUCAGUUUUGUGUGGCUUAGCAGUAAUGACUUCUUAGACCCUUUAUCAUUGG